GUGCGUAUAUGAAGCGCCCAGCGCGAGCACACGAUCAGCAUUCCGUUCUCGGACGUUGCCGGCGACAGUUUAGUGUACAGUGUGAGAGGCGCGUUUCGGUCGUUCGUUUAAGCGAGCGCGCGAGUAAGCAUUGCUGGGCUUUACCGGGACGCAAAGUGGUUUCCUAUCCUGCGGGGCAGUGCGCUGGGAUGCACUGUGGCUAGUCAAAGAGCUGUUAUUGCGACCUUCAAUAAGGUUUAAAGUGAACAUUUUAAGUGUUUUUUUUUUCUUCUAUUCUAAAAGAGUUGAGCACUGCAACGAAAUAGUCGAAAAUACCUACGCACACACAGACACACACACUGCCACGCACACACACGCACGCACGCAACUGCACGGCCAUGGCAUCGGUAUACCCAAGGACACUCGGUGGGUUCACGCUUUUGCUGCUGGCACUCGCUGCCACCAUUACGCCCGGGGAUGGACAGGCACUGAUCACACCGCUGGAUUCGCCACUGCUCGCCACCAAGUACCGGGGCUUCCGCGAGAUCAUGUUCAACUUCAUCGGCCAAACCGGCAACAACAAGAACAAGUUCCUGAUCAAUCUGAAAAAGGGAAAAGUUCAAAAACAGUUCGGUCCCGAGGAACCGUUCUUCUGCAACACGACCGGCAUGCGCAGUGAGACGGUACCGACCUCCGUGGACAGAUUGCGGCCGGGCGAUAUCGAUAUCAUCGGUGCGAUUGGGGAUUCGCUGACGGCGGGAAAUGGUGCAAUGGCGACCAACAUACUUGAGGUGCUGAUCGAAAACAAGGGCCUUUCGUGGAGCAUCGGUGGGCAGGGCACGUGGCGACAGUUUCUAACGCUGCCGAACAUACUGAAGGAGUACAAUCCGAAGCUGUACGGCUAUCCGACCAAGGAUGGUCUGUCGACGCGCAAGGCUUCACUGUUCAACGCAGCAGAAGGUGGCGCCAUGUCACAGGACAUUCCCUAUCAGGCCCGCAAUCUCGUCAAACGGAUGCUGUCCGACCGGAAGGUAGACAUCAACAACCACUGGAAGAUGAUCACGCUCAUGAUCGGUGGCAAUGACUUCUGUGCCGAGAUCUGCUACAUGGCCACGCCCGAAAAGAUACUGCAGUAUCACGAGAAGAACAUCGUCAGUGCGUUGCGAACCUUCCGUGAUUAUCUACCGCGCACCUUCGUCAAUCUGGCGGCGAGUCCAAAGGUGGACAUCUUGGCACGCUUCAAGAACAAACCACAGGAGUGCGUCUCGAUGCACGUGAUCGAGUGUCCGUGUCUGCUGGCCACACGGUUCCGCAAGCAGCGCGAACGGUUCGUCAAGCUGAUCGAGGACUGGAACAUGCUGCAGAUGGACAUUGCCGCCCGGGAGGAGUUUCACCGCAAGCCCGACUUUGCCGUCGUUUAUCAGCCGUUCACGAUGAACCUUACCUUCCCGGAGACGGCCAGCGGCGAUACGGACUUUACGUACAUGUCGCUCGAUUGCUUCCACCUUAGCCAGAAGGGCUAUGCGCUCGCCUCGAACGCACUGUGGAACAAUAUGCUCGAACCGGUGGGGGGUAAAUCGAUGAACUGGGAGCGCGAGUUUACGCUGUUUAGGUGUCCGAGCGCGGAAAUGCCAUUCCUGCGAACGCCCGGCAACAGCUAGAGCACUCUGGGCACAAAAAGGGGGCCAAAAAAGCUGACGCACUUCAUCAAAAAUGUGAUAUUAUUUCUACUUACACACCGGUGGAGUUUGGAAGGAAUCCGAAUUCCUCACACUCAUCAAUCGUCAUGUGCAAUUUUACGUUUUUAAGACACGCUAACGGGCUUAAGAGUUAAGAAUCACUUGUCACCCACCAAUCAUUGUGUUCACCUUGGGCAGGGGACACUACGCAACCGCAACACUGCCGUCGAAGCUUAUGCAAUGCCUUCAUCUCACUCAUGCAAUCUCACACUGCUCUGGAAGGAUUUCAUUACAGUUUUACAUACAUAUUUUACGCAACUUUA